GCUGAUUAAUUUCAGAAAGGAAAACAAAAAUACUAUUGGGUGUAUCAGAACCGCGCCUCUUCAUUCACUUUAGCUUCUGGUCGAUCUUCUUCUUCACCAUCCUCCUUCAGUUCUUACAGAAACUUUCAUCCCCUUGGUACCCAGAAUAGGGGAAGAGCUCCCCACUUUAUCUCCCUCGAAAAUAUGUCACUCUCUUUUCAAACCACUACCUCUACUCCAAGCCUUCACGCUCAAGCUGGACACUUUCAUCCCCCUCCCAGUUUGGGUACGAAGCUCUAUUCUGGACUUAAGCUUCAAUCCGCAGGUCCUUUUGGAGCUGGAAAGCCCAACUUGACAAUUGAGUUCUAUGGAAAAGUUAAUAAGAGCCUUCAACCAAGGUUGCAUAACCAUAAACCCUCACGAGCACAAUUUGGAAUGAUGCCUAUUGGAACACCAAGAGUGCCCUAUAGAACUCCUGGUGAGGGAACUUGGCAGUGGGUUGACUUGUGGAAUGCCCUAUACCGAGAACGUGUUAUCUUCAUUGGGCAACAUAUAGAUGAAGAAUUUAGCAACCAAAUUCUUGCAACAAUGCUGUACCUUGACAGUAUUGAUGAUUCCAAAAAGCUCUAUAUGUACAUCAACGGUCCUGGUGGAGAUCUUACUCCAAGCAUGGCUAUCUAUGAUACCAUGCAAAGCUUGAAGAGUCCUGUUGGCACCCAUUGUGUGGGCUAUGCAUAUAAUCUAGCAGCCUUUCUUGUUGCAGCGGGGGAAAAGGGUAAUCGAUUUGCAAUGCCUUUAUCAAGGAUUGCACUACAGUCGCCAGCUGGGGCUGCUCGUGGUCAGGCUGAUGACAUCCAGAAUGAAGCUAAUGAACUUCUCAGAAUCAGAGAUUACCUCUUUAAAGAAUUGGCUGAGAAAACUGGCCAGCCAGUUGAAAAGAUUUACAAAGACUUAAGUCGGAUGAAGCGAUUUAAUGCCCAGGAGGCUCUUGAAUAUGGGCUUAUUGAUCGAGUAGUCAGGCCUCCUCGUAUUAAGGCUGAUGCGCCUCGCAAGGAUGCCGGAACAGGUCUUGGUUAGUCAAACUUUUGCUUAAUCACCAGAUUGUGUGAUUGCAGCUUAUAGAUUUCAAAAUGUUUCCCAAGUUCAGUGUAGGUCCUAUGUAAUCGGCUAUAUGGUUAGAACUUGUUGCAUAGAAGAUUGUUCUUUUAAACAUUUGAUUUAUAAUAAGUUCACUGUGAAGGCUUUUGCAAAGAAUUAUUAUUAUUAUUA